CUACCACACCCAAUAACGGCAUUCUUUUUUUUUUUUUUUUUUUUUUUUUAAUCACACUCGAAAACCAGAACUCAAAACAUUUUCUCCAACAAAUUCAUUGUAGAAAGAGAAAUUGAAGGAGUUUUAGAGAGAGAUAGUCUGAGGGUUGCAAAUUUGCAAUGAGCGCUGCGAAUAGUGUAAUACCGGUACCGGGAAACGACGGCGUUUCAGGGAGGAAAAACAAUCAAAUUCAAUUAGCACUUGAGAUUAAUUCAUGCCGUAUUAUUGCUGUUGCUGAUCAGCUUGCAAUGUGUGCCAAAAGCUUCGACCAACCAGAUCGAUUUCUUGGACUUUGUCUCUCUCUUGCAAGUAAGCUGGAUGAUAUGGUAGAUGAAGCUUUCCGACAUAAGCAGAAUGUUCUAGGAGGCGCUUGCGCACAUUGUUUAAGGGGAAUAGACUAUGGACUUGCAAACAAUGAGGUGCCGUCCCAUGCUUCAAAGUUGCCACCAGUUUUGAAAAUGGUGUGUAGCAGAAAGGACCAUAAUCUGCAACCAGCUAUUAUGGCGCUUAUGAUCUCUGUAAAGAAUGCCUGCAAACUUAAUUGGUUCACUGCCAAGGAUACUGAAGAAUUGUUGACACUUGCAGAUGAGGUUGCAAGGAGUUUUGUCACCGAAAAAAACGUUAACACUGAAAUUUGUAGUUUUUUGCCAACUGUUUCUACUAUUAUUUCCAGGUAUUAUCCACGAUAUAAAUUAGGCAGCAUUAUUGCUUCUGUUGAAGUUGAGGCAGGUAAGGGAAUUCAUUUGGUUGACUUUCACAUCUCGAGGGAUAUCAAUAUUUCAAAAGGCGAAAGACUAUAUCUGUUCGUGGCUUCAAAAGACAACUUAAACACUUCAUCAUGUGUUAUAACUCCUCAAAAACUUAAUAUCUUGCUUAAUGGCAUUGCUGUGGAACGUAGAAACUCUGUUUGUAUGGAUUCUACACCUCAGCUCCCAACUGUGGUCAGUAAGUACCUUAAAUAUGGAAUAAAUCUCCUUCAAGUGGUGGGUCAAUCUAAUGGUGAUUACAUUAUUAUCAUUGCUGUAAUGAGCACUAUACCAUCUUCUAGUCUGCCAAUUCCACCGGAUUAUGAGCAGCCUGUUUCUGCUGCUACGUUCAGCUCAGAUUCUGAGCUUGUCGAAGGGCCGUCACGAGUUAGUCUCAAUUGUCCCAUAAGUAAAACACGCAUCACAACACCGGUGAAAGGGAACUUGUGCAAGCAUUAUCAGUGUUUUGACUUGAGCAAUUAUGUUGAAAUGAACAAUAAUCGACCAGUCUGGCGCUGUCCAAGUUGUAAUCAGUCUGUGUGUUUCUCUGAUCUUCGUGUUGAUCAGAAGAUGGUCAAGGCCCUAAAAGAUAUCGGGGAAAAUGUUUCUGAGGUGAUGAUUUCUGUAGAUGGUUCAUGGACAGCUGCUUCUAGCGAUAAACGUAUGGAUGAGUCACAGAAUAAAACUUCAGCUAACCAGCUGGAAGGGCUUGAGUUGGAGGAAUCUCCGGUCAGAUUGGAUGAUCUUCCCAAUAUACUCGACCUAACUGGAGAAGACGAGGUGAUGGACACUGAUCAAUGUGAGCCAGUAGACAUAAAGCCUGUACUCCAUGCCAACGUUCAGGGCCAAUUUCUUCCUUCAAAUUUAAACCAACUGCCAGUAUCUGGGAGUACUAUCGAACUGCUUCAACAGUCUUCCGCACAAACUGUUAGUGGCACAUCUCCCCGAGCAGUAGUGUGCAACUCUAGCUCUGCUACAUAUAACACUUGGCCUCAGCCACAGAUUGGCGGAACUUCAGGGACCUUUACUGGUAAUCAUAUGUUGACUCCUGUAUUGAAGGAUGCCGUUUCUCCUGUGCUAAACCGACAAGCUGAUAGCUUCCAAGGCAUUAAUUAUCCUAUGAGUUCAACAUAUUCUCAACAUUCAGCUCCUGCUUCCUCUAAUGUGCAGUUGCCCGAUGCUGUAUUAUAUUCACAGGCAAUCAUAAACACUAUACAUUCGAUACCUAGAAACGUUACCAGAGUUCCAUCUGCCAUACAGGCCCUUCCAGUUCAGAGGCCUACUACCAAUCUGCAGCAGCAUUCAAGACCAAGUGUGAGCUUACCUACAGCGAGCGGACCUUCUGCUCCUUUUCAACAGGGUGUUGGCCAUGCAAAUACUCAUUUUCGUAAUUCUUUUGGCAGCAAUAUUGAAAGGCAACGACAUCUUUCUCAAUCUUUUGUUAAUCCUCAAGUACCAAACAUGACCACUGUUUCUACACAAAACCGCUCAAUUUCCCCGGUUGUUAGCCAUUCCAAUCCUAGUCAUAACGUGCAUAAGCCUCAAACUUUGAGCCAGCCACCGCAUCUUAUGCGUUCAUCACAACUUCCUCGGACAUCGCAAUCGCCUCUUAGUCAUAAUCAACGUGGAGUAGGUCCCAGAGUGGGGGUUAGCAACUCUCCAAGCACAUACCAAUCCGUCCAUUUAUUGCCGUCACAAGGAUCUCAUAUGAGACAUCUGCAAUCCAUGCCUCUCCAGACGCAACCUGUUAGGACGCCGCCAUCUGCGCCUUCAAAAUUUGGAGGAACACCUCAGGCUGUCUCUAGGACAGAAAAUUUAAUUGAUUUUCAUUCAGAAAAAAAUUGGAGACCCACUAGCCGAAUGCGUGGAGCACUCACUGGAGAAGCUUACUCUCAGGCUUUGAACCAAUUGGGUCAGGCUGCAUUGCCAGUACAAACUCCUAGUUCUAGACCAGCUGUGCCACAAGCAUCAACAUUGCCUAACCUUCAAGUCUUGUUGGCCAAUCGAAGAGUUGCUUCUGAAGUAUCAAGUCAACCUGCAACAGGUAGCGUCAAUAGUUCUGGAACCAUUGGUACACCGUCAGAGGGAUCUCAAAAGGGGUAAAGCUAGUCUAACAUAAUUACUCUAGUAUAGUAUCUCUUUUCUGGAGGCGGUAUAACGUACCCAACAGUUAAUUAUUUUGUAUCCAACAGUAAAUUAUUCCUCUGGCUGUAUUUUUUAGUUUAACAGGCUUGGUUUAUUUGACGACUAUUAUAGUGCUAGAUAGUGCAGGCUUGGAAGAUAGAUUUUUUUAGGAAUACCCAUCUUUGUAGAAUGUUGAUUAUGGUUGCUUGGAGCAAAUGUGUGUUCCGUAUGUGCAAAUAUUAAGAAAUUAUUCUUUGCUUAAAGAUAAAUAUUCACAAUGCCUUUAAUUUUUAAGUGAUACUUAUUUUAUUUGUUUGGAUAUUUUGUAUACACUGAUACACAGUUCUAUAUUAUGAGAAAAAUAGCACACCCAACUCAUCAAAAAUAAAAAAAAGUUGGACAAGCAAU